ACUGCUUGGGAAUGAUAAGCUGUUAUCAUUUCACUAACCAUUCCUUCUGCUCAAGACAAUCCACCAAUCUGAUCAACAAUCUGCUGGGGAUGUUCAUUAUUCCUCUGACAGCACAGACUUGUUAUGAUCCCCCUCCAAAUUUUUUGAAUAGCCUAAAUCGUGUGAGGACGUAAGAAAACGAUAUAAAUCCAGUGCGAAAAGGCAAGCGUUCUAAUUUCCUGUCGUAUUUUUCUUAUCCGCAGAAUAAGAAUCGGUCCAGAAUCUCCGGAUUUCUAAAAAUCACAGUUCAGUCCCAAAGAUGCUUUUUCAGGAGGCAACUGGACUUCCUUGUUUUUCUUUUCUUUUGUCAACCUGGAUCUUCUCUAACUGAAGAAUCCCAAACACAACUAUCUCCGCCUUCGGAAUCUUCGGUCCUAGAAACAAUAGCACUUCGGGAGCGCUUGGCUAAGCACCUUUACGUAUGUAAAAAUAGGGGCGCAGCAAUUAAUAUGAACUAUUUUUGCUCCUCGUGCAGCGGCCUCUGUCGGCACCGCGCCGCGCGGCAUCCGUUUUUCUGCCAGUCCAGGAAUAGCCAUGUGGAGAGUACGAGGGAAAGGCUAGCGGGGAUAAGGGAAGAUCCGAGGCGAAGGAAAGAGAGCAGAGGAAUCGCCGGGAGCCCUGGAAAAUGGGAGGCCGCUCGCAUCAAAUCAAUUAACGCCCUUCCCGGGAUUUCUAAAGGGGGGGAAGGCUGGGAGGAACGAAGAUGUUUUGUCACCGGUAGUAGUAGCAGCUUCGAAUUCAGCGGCAGCAGCCCUAGCAGAAAGCGAUUGCGGAGAGAGGCGCAAUUCGCGCGGAGGAGCCUCUCGGCCAUUGAGACUGAUGGCUGCCACAUCACUUACAAAACAACAACAACAACAAUAAAAAACCUUGCACACAUAUCCCUGGCAUUCAGUGCAUAGUAUCUCCAGCAAACUGUGACAAUUCUGGAGGCAUUAAGAUGUUUCUGACCAACCCAAUUACAAUUUAUCUGCCCCUUAUGGAUCAAACAAGUACAGAAGCAAUGCCACUCAAUUUUGGGAUCAGCUCCAGAACAAAGGUGAUAAAGGCACACUCCAGCAAAGUCAACCAAUUCUAUUAACAAUUUCAUUGGGAAUGGACAAUGGGAUGCUUCCUGAUUUUAUCAUGAUCAAAAACUGCUUUCUUCUUUGUAUUUCCAUGGAUUUAAUCAGUCAUUUUGGCUUCUCACAGAUGCCAACAGCUUCAGGGAAACAUGACACCAAUGAUAACAUUACCAUAUUCACUCGGAUCCUUGAUGGCCUAUUGGAUGGAUAUGAUAACAGACUUCGCCCAGGUCUGGGAGAGAGAAUAACAGAGGUGAAAACAGACAUCUAUGUUACCAGUUUCGGUCCAGUUUCUGACACUGAAAUGGAGUAUACUAUUGAUGUUUUUUUCCGACAAAGCUGGAAAGAUGAAAGACUUCGAUUUAAAGGCCCAAUGCAACGCCUCCCUCUUAACAAUCUUCUGGCCAGUAAGAUCUGGACCCCAGAUACCUUUUUCCACAAUGGCAAAAAAUCCAUCGCUCAUAAUAUGACCACUCCCAACAAGCUGCUGCGCCUUGAGGAUGAUGGAACCUUGCUGUACACAAUGAGAUUAACCAUAUCUGCGGAAUGCCCCAUGCAACUUGAAGACUUUCCCAUGGAUGCCCAUGCUUGCCCAUUAAAAUUUGGAAGCUAUGCUUAUCCCAAUUCAGAAGUAAUCUAUGUGUGGACUAACACCUCAGCAACUUCGGUGGUAGUAGCAGAAGAUGGUUCUAGGCUUAACCAAUAUCACCUGAUGGGACAAAGUGUAGAUUCCGAAAACAUCAGUACCAGUACAGGGGAAUACACUAUAAUGAGGGCGCAUUUUCAUCUGAAAAGGAAAAUUGGUUAUUUUGUCAUCCAGACUUACCUUCCCUGCAUUAUGACAGUAAUCUUAUCACAAGUAUCAUUCUGGUUAAACAGAGAAUCUGUCCCUGCUCGAACAGUAUUUGGAGUAACCACAGUUCUUACAAUGACAACCUUAAGCAUCAGUGCCCGUAACUCUCUACCCAAAGUGGCUUAUGCUACCGCAAUGGAUUGGUUUAUCGCUGUAUGCUAUGCCUUUGUCUUUUCUGCCCUGAUUGAAUUUGCUACAGUCAACUAUUUUACCAAAAGAAGCUGGGCCUGGGAUGGCAAAAAAGCUUUGGAGGCUGCAAAAAAAAAGAAAAAAGAACGUGAAUUAAUGGCAAAUAAAGCCAUCAACACCUAUACUGCUGGAAAGAUGACACCCACAUUAAACAUACCAAAGGACUCCACCCCUUCAGUCAUCUCCAACUCUGUUUCUGCUCCAGCCAUACCCAUUGAGAAACCAGCUGAAAACAAAAAGACGUAUAACAGCAUCAGUAAGAUUGACAAAAUGUCCCGAAUAGUUUUCCCUGUCUUAUUUGGAACAUUUAAUUUAGUUUAUUGGGCCACAUAUUUGAACAGGGAACCCGUUAUUAAAGGUGCUGCUUCUCCAAAAUAAAUGGAAAGACUUCCAGAUCAAGAGUUAGCCAUACUUGCAAAAACAAAUGCUACCAAGGAGAAUUUGAGGUUCCAAAAGAUUUUUGACCUUUGGGCAAUAUUCUUCAGGAAGUUUUUGCAUGUUUAACAAUAUGUACAAAAUUAUUCUUGCCUUGAUUAUUUCUACAUGUAACCUCAAAUGUUUGUGACAAUUAUAUAAAUGGCAACAGAUACUAAUCUUUUUAGGACAACAGAAGACAUGGAACACAGCUUCUAUGCUGCUGGGUAUCCUGCAUUGAUAGUUUACAAAUGAAAUAGGGUAUAUUUUUUAAACUGUUUGGGCGUAUAGCAUAUCUGCCAUUUUUUAUACUUCGAAUGUACAUUCAUGCACAUAGUGGGACUGUGAACUUUGCAGCUAUAGAGGUAUUCUUACAAGCUAUUUCAGAGUUUGUCCAUGCUGGAAUAUUCUAGCUCAUAGUCAUGCUGAAUGCACAUGAAGUGGAUUUACAGCACCUCUUAAGAGCACAUGCCCACAAGCAAGUUUCGGCAGACCACUGAAGUCUACACUCCUCCCCUGAUAACUUGGAUGUGUGGAACCAACAUUACCGCUCAAAUGCCCUAGGCACGGAUUUCUUUUUCUCUCUGAAUGCAGCAUUUUUUAUGAAGGCCAUUUACACUUUGAAAUACAAAUCUCUAAAAACUGGACUAAUUUUCCAACCUAUUAUCUGUUCUCAGCUUUGAUACGUGGAAGCAGUUCUCAGUGUGUAAAACUGUCUAACACUUAAUACUGAUGAGAACUGCUAAAUAUUACUGGUGCCCAUGACAUAUAUACCAUAGGGGACCCUGAACCCUGUGAUGACUGCCAUGGGUAAGACUUUUCUAGAUAAUAUCAUAGAAUGCACAAUAUUCAGCUAUGUACAGGAAUUGGCGCUUCCUUUUUUUGCAUUGUAAACUUGUGCAGGUUUUGUUGAACCAGUUGUAGCACUUUGUGUUGAUAUAUCAACUACAUUCUCUUGAUUCUGGCCCAUGCCUUGGCAUUUGAACUGAGUGACUUGCUGCAAAUCAAGUGGCUCCCUCCUUAGUGGCUUCAUAGUCCCAGAAGGCUCAGAUAGCUUCAGACCCUAGGACAGUGGUGGCGAACCUUUUAGAGACCGAGUGCCCAAACUGCAACCCAAAACCGACUUAUGUAUCGUUGGGUGACA